GGUGGAAGGAGAGCUGAGGGGAAGCGCCUUGUGGGGCCUAGCAGAGUCUGAGGGGACUCCUGGAGCCCCGAGAGCCGCCAUGGCGGGCCGGGGGCCGGUUUGUUAUGUGUUGCUGUGCGGCCAGGCGGCGCUGCUGCUGGGCAACUUGCUCUUGCUUCAGGGCGUCUCUCGAAGCCACCAACACAAUGCUACAGAUAGUCAAACGCACAGCCAGGAGCAGCCGGCGGAGACACCAGCAGUAGCCGCAGUCUCUCUCCCCCUAUCCUCUCCCCACCCCCCUCCCCUCCCCUCUCCUCCUCUUCUUCCAACCACCUGGGACUACCUGGGCCCCUACGCGCCGCUCGUCCUUUGCGACCACCUACCUGAGGAAUUCAUUGAAUGUGAGGAUCCCAUGGAUCAUGGUGGAAACACAAGUGCACGAGACGAACUGGGCUACGGGUGUCUUAAGUUUGGUGGUCAAGCAUAUAGUGAUGUAAGCCACACUCAGGUCCCUUGCAAAGCACUGGAUGGCAUCGAGUGUGCAGGCCCACGGACUUUUCUGCGAGGGAAUAAACCAUGCAUAAAGUACACUGGACACUACUUUAUAACCACUCUUCUCUACUCCUUUUUCUUGGGUUGCUUUGGAGUGGAUCGUUUCUGCCUGGGGCACACAGGCACAGCAGUGGGGAAGCUUCUCACUCUUGGAGGACUGGGAAUUUGGUGGUUUGUGGACUUAAUUCUUCUUAUCACUGGAGGACUGAUGCCCAGUGAUGGGAGCAAUUGGUGUACUAUUUAUUGAAAAGCAGAAAACUUGCAACUCUGGACUUCAGCUGAAAAAGGAACAUAAAGAGGGAAGUCUUAACUUGACAUUGCUGGAGAGGUGAUGCUUGAAUUCUGCUCUGUUGCAAGAAGACAGACGAUAUUGGUGUACUCCUUUUACAAUGAAAUGGUUGCCAUAGAGCCUCAUCAAAUGGAAUUAGCAGCAGAAAUGCUCAUUCUGGUGUACAUACCUCAUUUGAAUGGAAGCUGUACUUUUUCCUAGCCAAAACAGAUUGGGAGGAUUUCUACCUUUGUAGAAUAAGCCUACUCAGUGGACUUCCACUGUAGUAAAGGUAUUGUAUUGCUCUAUAUUCUUAACUCCUCUGUAGCAUUCUGGGAAGUACUAAAAUAGAAAUUGUGGUAUACUGCAA